UCUACCUGUUGUUGGUAAACGGAGUUUUUUUAACAUUUGUUUAUUUCCUUAUCAUUCGAUUAUCUUUAUUAUUAGUUUGUUUAUAUAUAUUUACAUAUAUAUUUAAUAACGUUAAAAGUGAAACAGAACUAUUGUUAAUGUUUAGAAGAUAGGACGUAUUUUUCUUUUUUACAACAAGGCCACUCAGAGAAACAAUAUGUUAAUUUGAGCACCAGUGCAAAGUCUAAUUCGAUAGGUAGAGUGUGGGCAUAUAGGAGUAAUAGGCAGCUACCAAAUAGACAAGUAACUACUGCAUAAAAAUACAUUUAGUAAAUAUGGCUUCAACACUAAGACGAACAGUUUCGCAAGCAAUAAAUAAAAGAAAUAUUUAUUUUUCCUCCAUACUUCAGCAGAGCACAGAUUCUAAAAUACUUAAAUCAGUGUUUAAAAAUGUUGAGGAUACCAAUUACACAGUUAAUGAAUUUGUGUGGCAAAAUUUGGACAGAUGGCCAGACAAAACUUUUACAGUAUGUGCCACAACUGGACAUGGAUACACUUAUGCACAAACAUACCGCAUGUCUAUAACAUUUGCAGCAUCUCUGCGAACAAAAUUAAAGCUAAAGAAUGAUGAUACAGUUGCUAUCAUAUUGCCAAAUGUUCCAGAAUACCCUUGUAUAACAUUGGGUAUUCUGGAAGCUGGAUGUGUGAUCAGUAUGAUGAAUCCGGCAUAUAAUGCUCACGAACUGAAACGACAAUUGGAACAAAUAAAAUGUAAAGCCAUUGUAGCCUCGAAAAUUUCAUACGCGAAUAUUUCAGAAGCACUAAGUGCAAUGAAUAAGAAUCUACCAGUUAUUCUUAUUGACCAUGAUUCGCUUCCUGAAGGAACGAUAAAGUUUGCCGAAUUUGCUAAUGAUCUAAAUGUGGAUAUAGAUUGUUUAAAGUCAGUUAAAAGGAGUCCCAAAGAUGUAGCUAUCAUGCCUUUUUCAAGUGGCACUACUGGUUUUCCUAAAGCAGUUGUUUGUACACAUAAAUCUGUUGUGUCCUUCAAUAAGGCUAUUCUGGAUCCUAAUAUCGUCGCGAUAGAAGAGGCAUCAGCAAACUACCAAUCAGUGUUGCCAGGAAUAUUACCGUUUUUCCAUAUAUUUGGUUUCAACGCAUUAAUGUUGAAUUUAAUGUGUGUGGGAGUGAAAUUGGUGACGCUCAGCUCUUUCAAACCUGAGGUAUUUUUGGAAACCAUCGUGCGACACAGAGCACAACAUAUGUAUGCUGUACCACCAAUGAUAAUAUUCCUAGGUAAGCACUCUGCGGUUACUCCAGCUCACGUUCAAUCGUUGAAAACUAUUGUUUGUGGUGCGGCGUCUUUGGCUAGAAGCGACGCAGAGGCUCUGCUUAAGAAAAAUAGGAACAUCAAUUUCCGUCAAGGAUACGGACUGACUGAGACAAACGGAGGAAUUUCGGUAGGUAAGAAGGGAGAUAAUAACCACGCUGCUGUCGGCCAUGUUUUUGGGAGUUGUGAAGUUAAGAUCGCCGACUUGCAGACACAGGAAGCUUUGGGUCCUAAUGAGGAGGGUGAAAUCUGGGUUCGGGGUCCAAUAAUGAUGCAAGGUUACUAUGAAAAUGACGCAGCUAAUAAGGAAGUUUUCACAGAAGAUGGUUGGUUCAAAACUGGUGAUAUUGGGAAAUAUGAUGAUGAUAAAUACUUGUAUAUUACUGACCGGCUUAAGGAAUUAAUAAAGGUAAAAGGUUUCCAAGUGCCACCAGCGGAACUAGAAACAAUACUCCGAAUGCAUCCGAAAGUUCUAGAUUGUGCAGUCAUAGGAAUCAAAGACGAUAUUACAGGAGAAGCGCCAAAAGCCUUCAUAGUAACACAGCCGAAACAAACAUUGGACCCGAAAGAAAUACUCGAAUUCGUGAACAAACAAGUCGUAGCAUUUAAGAAUAUAAAAGAAGUGCAAUUCAUUGAUUCGAUCCCGAAAAAUCCGGCGGGAAAAAUAUUGAGGAAAGAUCUGAAGGCCAAGUAUUGCUAGCUAAGGACCACAGAUUAUAUAAUAUGCAGCUUUUUUAUGACAAAUUAUGAAGAUUCGAAUAAAGAACAAAAACAGAAUUAGAAUUAAUCGUGUCAUCACGUUUUUGUAUUGAAAUUAUUAAUGUAUUUAUGUAAAAACUAAGAUACUGAUGUAUAAGCACGUAUUAGUUUGUUAUAUUUGUAUUUCUUUGCAUAAUUUACGAUUAAUUUUUAUUAUUUUUAAACGUAAUUAUUUAACGUUUAUUUAAAAAAAUAUGUGUAAAACAAAAGCUAUCUAUUUUUACUUCUGCUGCUGAACGCAACUACAUACAAAAUUUUGGACUAUUUAUUAUUUUUUAAAAUGCAUUUACAGACAACACAACGUAUUAUGACAAAAGACUGAAAUAGAAAUGUUCUAUCCAAUUCAAAUGCUAAUAAACCGUUUCUAAGAGAUUGAUUAAAAAUAUGGAUUAUAUAACAAAUCAAUAAUAUUAACUCGAUAUUGACUUUUAAGGAACAUUUGAAUUAUUAUUUGUUCCUUUUUUCACGUUCAAUAAUAUAAAAGGGAAAGAGAUCCUUUGAGUUUGGACUUUUAAUAAAUAUUUUUGUAUUAAUUCAAGGAGGUUACGGGAACGAAUUGUUAAAUUCACUAAUUUAUAUGUAUUAAAAAAAACUUUUAGAAUACUCUAUCACUGCUGAUUCAUACUUAAUAACAUAUAGUAUUUUUCUGUAUAAUAUUUUUCAAAAAUACACAAAAUAUAUUUUACAAAAAAUUGUUACAAAAUUUACUAACAUUAUAAAGAUAAUUGAUUAGAUGAACUCAUUUAGGUGUCCAUCUUUAAUCAACAUUUUUAUGAUACAAAAUAUCUAUUUACACUGAAGAAUGUAUUUGCACAUAAUAUAAAAGUUAUUAAGCUACUAUUAUAAGCUAGAAAUAUAUUUUUUAUUGGUUGAGGUAUAUUUGCAUUUGUUAUUAAUUUUUUUACAUUUGCUUUAGUUUUACAAAGUGCCUUAAAAGUAUACUAGUCUAUAAUAAUUAUUCUUUAAAAUUAGGGUUAAGCCUGAUGUUAUUUUGAAUACAUUAUAGCUUUAAGCAUAUUUUUAAAUACCUUAAAUGAGGGGGCUAAAAGCAAAAGCGCCACUGUCCAAGAUUUUUUUUUUGCCUAUUAUAGUAAAAGCUGUUUUACGUUUAAAGAGACUUAAAAUUAUCAAAUAACUGAUUUAUCUGAGAUCAUAGAUCAUUUUAGUAUCUAUAUAAAACACUCAAACCAUGCAAACAAGCGCAUUGACACAGAAAAUUUAAAAUUUAUGACAGGACAGUAUUAGUUUUGCAUCUCAGCGUUGGACAGUGUAAGAUUUGCAUCCAAACACUUGGACAGUGACGCUUUUGCACCUUACAUAUUUUAAGUAAAUGUAUGGUACAGCUAGCAAAAAAGGAAACCAAAUAAAACUAUUUUGUACAUAUUUAUGAAAAAUAUAUAUUUUUGUACAG